AUGGAAAACUACAACAACGUCACUGAAUUUGCUCUGUUGGGACUGUCCCAAAACAAGAAAAUUAAAAACUUGUGCUUUCUACUAUUUUUAUUUUGUUACAUAGCUAUUUGGGUGGGAAACUUGCUCAUAAUGAUCUCUAUCACAUGCAGUCAGCUAAUUGAUCAACCCAUGUAUUUCCUCCUUAAUUACCUCGCCUUCUCAGAUUUGUGUUAUACCUCUACAGUGACACCCAAGCUACUCACAGACCUGUGGGCAAAAAGUAACAAGAUUUCUUAUAGUAGCUGCAUGGCUCAGCUCUUUGCCUUGCACUUCUUUGGGGGGAUCGAGGUCUUUAUUCUUACAGUGAUGGCCUAUGACCGCAAUGUGGCCAUCUGCAAGCCCCUGUACUACACCAUCCUCAUGAACAGGCAGAGGUGUUAUGCGAUGGUCCUUGCUUGCUGUGCUGGGGCAUUUCUGCAUUCCUUUGUCCAGUGUAUCCUCACCGUCAACUUACCUUUCUGUGGCCCCAAUGAGAUAGAUCACUAUUUCUGUGAUGUGUAUCCUUUGCUGAAACUGGCCUGCACGGACACCGUCAAGGUUGGGAUCUUAGUGGUUGCCAAUUCGGGCUCCAUGGGCUUAGUCAUCUUUGUGGUUCUGAUGGUGUCUUACUUUCUGAUACUGUACACCAUCAGGUCCCACCCUGCAGGGAGCCGCACCAAAGCUCUUUCCACAUGCAGCUCCCACGUCACGGUUGUGGUUCUCUUCUUUGUGCCUGUUCUCUUCACUUACAUCAGACCAGCCACCACUUUUCCAGAAGACAAAGUGUUUGCUCUUUUCUACACCAUCAUUGCUCCCAUGCUCAACCCUCUGAUCUACACACUCAGGAACAUGGAGAUGAAAAAUGCCUUGAGGAAAGUGUGGUGCCAAGAAGCACUUUGGAUCAGGAGGCAAAUCAUCUGA